AUGGAGCCAAUUUUGUUAAUCUAUUAUCAGACAGCGCAGUCUAGCGCGGAGAGAACUGCCCGCGAUGCUCCCAUGAGCCUUAUCCAAGAAAUCCGAGAGAAUAUCACCUUACAUCGACAGCCACGGCAGAUCCAAGAUCUCUUAGAGGAUGUCAUCGUAAAUGGGAUCGUUUCGGAGAACACAGCCUUUUCACUCCUAAAAGGUCGCUGGCUAUUUUUGAACACCGACUUAACAGAUCUACGAACCAAAUCCCCCCUUCUAUUUGGUACUUGUAUCCUUGCCGGUCUCCAUAUAACCCCAUCAUUGCACGGUUCGCCAACACAUCACGCGUUAUACCGCCACGUUCAUGGACUGUUAGGCCGGUCCCAAUGUGCAUCUGCUGUUUCCCUGGAUACGAUUCAAGCAAUGCUGGUUUGCUCUAUGUGGGACUUAAGGCCGACCAGAGAUCAUGACCAUGGCAAUUCAUGGCUUUUGAGCGGUACAGCGGCGAUGCAGGUUAUGAUCACGACUUCUUUUGGGCAGCUACUGCAGACGAGAAAUAUUCAGGAACAGGCACGCGCGCGGGAGAUCUUGCGUACCUGGAACUUGAUUUGCUUGUGUCAGCUACAGUAUGUCAGCAAGAUAGUGAGGUCUGUUUUGAAGAAGCUAAUAUGGCCCAGAUUCUCCGUUGGCUCUGGUCGACCACCUGUUAUUUCUGGACAAUACUUUGAUCAAUGUGCAAAGAUUCUCGAAUUCCCAUCUUAUAACUCCCGAGAUGAGCUAGUGCUGGCUGGCGUGUAUCUUUAUCGAAAACUAUGGGAAUUGGUUAGUUCGAACGUGAUUCAGAAGGAGGUUCCAGCCUGGCCUGAGAUCGAACAACUAUGCAAGUCGCAAGAACAUAUCUACAAUCUUGACUCAUCCGAGCCUUUGCGUUUUGCCUAUUCCUGCACUUACCUGAUCCUCGCUCGCCGCACACUGCAGCACAUCCACGAAUCUCAACCAGGAAACUCCAGCAGCACACGAAUCAGGCCGGAAGCAGAUAAUGCUCUUGCAUUUAUCAGAUUUGCGAUUCAUCACUCAAACCAGAUUUUGGUCCUUUUUCUCUCCAUGUCUGAUCUCACAACCUGCAUCCAUCCAGCAUACGAGAAUCUCCUCUGCUCAUUUGCGAUGGUCACUUUGGCCGAGUUUGUUAGCCAUGUGGUCAAUAUCGGCGAGACUAUUGGGCUCAUGGAGCGGGCUAUAUCUCACAUCCAGCGCGGAGGGAAGGCUGAGCCUGUGAGUCGGUGGUCUUUGAAUGUCAUCAAGCAGCAUGUCAAUGGGAGUGAGUUGGACUCUUUCAUAGAUGGAGCUGAUAGUACCGAGACUUUCGCUCCACCCACAGCAGAGAAUCCAAGAUCGUGGAUGGAAAGUGACUGGAGUAUGAAUCUCGAGCAGGAGUUUCCAUCUCUUGAAGAUAUGUUCUUUGGCAAUGCGGCUUGA